AUGGCUCCCCCCACAGCAUCUACCUCUGCUAACAAUGGCGGUCACGGCUCUGCUACGAAACCACGGAACGUACAAAGCCGGAAGAAGAUGAACGACGACGAGAGGCCCUACAUCGGCGCCUCCGGUCUCGGUGGCAAGCGUCACGCAACAGACAAGGCAGAGGGUGAUGGGCGCGUGAAGAGGAAGCGCGUGGAUGGGACAGCGACGACUCUAGUUGCGAACGCGAAUGGAGCUGGGACAGCACAGGGUUCGCGCCGGGGAGCAGAGGGCGAGGAGGAGGCACGGGAAUCGUUGUCAUCGCAGCUGGAUUUCAGCCAGCUGCCGACAGAUGUGAUCUAUCGCUACCUCGCACACCAGAAUUUGAUCCCACACAUCUAUCCCUCACCGCUUUCUGCCUACGAUCCCCUCCCCCCGUCCUCUCUCCUGGGCCCUGUCCGGGGAUCAUCACACGCACGGACCCCACCGCCACACAUCACACCAGCUAACCGGCCGAGGAGGGCGUCGAGAGAUAAUACAAGUCAGGGACGGCGUCGGAGUACACGCCUUCAGGAGGAGGACGCGAUGGACAUCGAAGGGAGGACGCCGGUGUUGGCAGACGUUGCUGGGCUACACGGUGUUCUUGCGAGAAUAGCCCAGGGGGACUACGUGGGGCAGGAGGUCGUGAGGGAGGGAGAUGUUCUCGCGGUGUUUGUGCACAAGGCGGCAGGGGAAUCGUCGCGUCGAAUAUGAGUUGCCUGCAGUGCUUCAUCAACCAUCAUCGUAUGUUUGGGCCAAUCAGCGCCAGGGUACUGACUAGCGGCCAAUUGAGAGCGAAGAUUCUAUAAUUAGUGGAUAACCUGGAGUGUGGUACCCAAGCAAAAGCAUCUGCGAAUCAGCGUAACCGUUGCUAGCCGACGCUGCCGGUCGAUACGGCCUGCCCCUUAUAAACGCCAUCUCCCGCGCUUUGUCCUUGGCAGUUUCUUACUCCCCUUCCACCACCACCUCGCCUUUUCUCUUUCACGCAGCAGCGCUGCUUUGUCUCUUUCUUUCUUUUCAGGAUCCCUUCACCCCACUCUUUCGUUCAUUUCGACUUCUGUGAAGCCUUGAUUCCUUCCCUUCCAACCCUUUCAUUUCCAUCAUGAAGUUCACUGCCGCGUUCACCUCCCUCGUCUUCCUUCUCCCCAUGCUUGCCGAGCAAGCUACCGCCGCCGCCGUCGCUCGCGACUUCUCCGGUCUCGCCUCCAGACAGGGUGGCAAGGGCGGUUUCGGUGGUGGCAAGGGUGCCAACGCCAACGGUCAGGGCAACGCCAACCAGGGUGGUAACAACAACAACAACGGGGGCGCGGCCGCUGCUGCUGCUGCUUCCUCAUCGGCUGCAGCUGCUUCGGCCUCUGCAUCUGCCGCUGCCGCCGCAAACGCAAAGGGUGGAAACAACAACAACAACGGUGGAGCUUCCUCGACCUCGGGUGGUGACCAGGCCUCAACGACUCUCGACCAGUCGGUCAUCGCCACUGGUUUCGCUCUCGAUGGCCAGCAGAACGCUACGGCCGGCCAGGUCGCGUCGUUGACCUCGACGAACAACUUCAUUAACUUCUGUGCGACCGUCUCCAACCUCCCCAUCACGAACGGCCAGCAGAUCACCACCGGAUCCUGCAAUCCCGCUCCUAUGGGUGUUAUCGCCGCCUCGACCAACAUCCCGUCAAGUAAAUUCACGAACCCGAAGAACCUCGACACGAUCGCCGCCAACCAGGACUUCACCGUCACCAUGGCCGUCUCGAACCUCGAGACGGGCAACUUCGUCAACGCCGCCUCGAACUACUACUCCGCUCCCCAACAGGUCAACGCCCAGGGCAACAUCGUCGGACACACACAUAUCGUCAUCGAACAGCUCGACUCGCUCACCCAGACGACGCCGACGGACCCGACCAAGUUCGCGUUCUUCAAGGGUGUCGAUGGAGCGGCUGUGAACGGUGCGGUUAGCGUCGAUGUGACCGGUGGAUUGCCCGCGGGAACGUAUAGGAUGGCGUCGAUCAACUCGGCGGCUAACCAUCAGCCUGUCCUUGUCGCUAUUGCCCAGCACGGUUCUUGCGACGACCAGGUCUACUUCACCGUCGGCGGUAACGGCGCCGCUGCAUCCGGCUCUGCCGCCUCUGCCGCCUCUUCUGCGACAUCGGGCGCUGCUGCCGCUGCCUCUUCGUCCGCUGCUGCCUCUACCGGCAAGAACGCGGGCAAGGGCGGGAACAAGCAGAAGGGCGGAAGGAGGUCGCUCCUCUCGCGCGAGAUGUACUAAGCGCUUCUUUCGCUCUGCUUUCCUUUGUUCUCUCUCGGUUCCGUUUUGAUGUCGCUGCUGCAGUAAUGAGAUGACGGUGUAGGAUCUGUACAUGUCGUGGUUCGGUUCGGUUCUUUCGGUUUGAGGUCGGGUCGGAGUUACGCUUUUACAGGCUGUUCGUUUUGCUUUUUGAGGAUGGACAGUUAAUUUAUCGCAGUGCGGUUUAUGUUCUUUGUUUGUCCUCGUUAUACCACCCCCACCUUUUCUUCUUUGUUGUUGUUUUUUCCUCUUUCCUCCCUCCCUCUUUUCCGUUUUACCUUUCCCUUUGCUCUCUCUCUCUCCUUUCACCCUCGGCAUGGCCUCGGAGCUCGGAUACAAUACAACGCCAGUCAGCCAGUCACCCUAGCUACCGAGCUUCUGAUGGAUGGAUGGAUGGGUUGGGGGUCGUCGUCAAUGAGUCAAUGGGGGAUCCGUCUUUUUCUCUUUUCUUUUUUUUCGCGUGUUUGCUUGCCUUUGUAACUAGGCGUGCUGCUACGUGCUGAUAGUGAGCUCUGAAUGCG